UAUAGUUUCAUUCCCAUUCAUAAAAGAGGAACCAACAAUGCUACGUGAAACUACAAGGUCUUCGUCAAUUCACUAAUGAAGAAUUAUAGAAUUAGGGACAACAUGGCUGGAGGAUCACUUGGAGACAACAUUGGAUUGAAGGAAGAUGCUAUCAAGAGGGUGUGUGGUUUGGCCUGCAAAGCUAACAAUCACAAGUCAACGGAUAAGCUCUACUUUUACGACAAGGUUCAGAUUUCUUCGGAAACUUACCAUGUUUUCAGCUUCCCGGGAUCUUGGGAUCCCGCUGAAUGGUUUGUUAACAAACCCUUUGGGGUAUCGAAGAUAAAUUCUACCCAGUUCCCUUCUCUCAGAAGUAUUGGUAACGAUGAACUUGCUUGGGUGAACGAAGGCUUCGCAAAGAGAUUCGAUCGCCUAUUGGAAACUAACUUUGAAGAUGUGGUGAAGAAGGCUAUACUAGAUGGGAAGCAAGUAGUGUUUACAGGGCACUCCUCUGGUGCUGCAAUGGCAACUCAAACUACCUUUUGGGUCUUGGAAAAGUACUUUAACCCAACAAAAAUCCAAAAACCCAAGCUACCCUUUUGUGUCACUUUUGGGUCUCCCUUAAUUGGCAAUCAUAUAUUCUCUCACGCUUCAAAGAGAGAAAAUUGGUCACGCUAUUUCGUACACUUUGUUUUGAGAUAUGACAUAGUGCCAAGGAUUUUGCUUGCUCCCUUGGCUUCUAUUGAGGAAAAUUUUGGUUCUGUUCUCCAAUUCUUGAAUCCCAAGUCCAAAACUUCCACCCAAGAUCCAACAAGGGCUAUUUUGAUUUCUGAAGUUUAUAAAACUGUGAUGAGAAACGCCGCGAGUGUUACAAGCCAUGCUGCUUGUAUUCUCAUGGGCAGCACAAAUUUGUUACUUGAGACAGUGGCAAAUUUUGUUGAGUUGAGCCCUUAUAGGCCCUUUGGAACAUAUGUUUUCUGCAACGGAAAUGGACAGCUGAUUGUGGUGGAAAACUCAGAUGCUGUUUUGCAACUCUUGUUCCACACUGCCCUGUUAAGCGAUUUGGCAGAACUUGAAGAAGUUGCCGACAAAAGCAUAUCGCAACACCUGAACUAUGUGGCUGAGUUGCAGGAAAGCUUGGGAAUGCAGAAUGUAGUGUACUUGGAGCAACUUGAGCAACUUCCCUUGUCUGCUGACGGUUCAAAUAGUGAUGUUGCAACAGCCUUGGAUGGCCUUGGACUGAACACAAGAGCAAGGCUGUGUCUACGAGCAGCUGGUGAGUUGGAGAAGCAGAAACGCAAAAACGAGGACAAAAUCAUGAAGGAGAUUCAGGAUAAAGCCUUGACAAGCAUGAAAGAGCUUCAAAAUUACAAAACAACAUGUGAGAUGCACAAGGGGAAGGGCUAUUACGAUGCCUUCAAGGUGCAAAAGGAGUCGAACGACUUCCAAGCAAACGUGAAGAGGCUUGUGCUAGCAGGGGUAUGGGAUGAAGUCAUUGAGAUGCUAAAGAGGUAUGAACUCCCUGAUGAGUUCGAAGGGGACAAAGAAUGGAUAAAGCGUGGAACCGAAUAUCGCCGCCUUGUGGAGCCUCUAGACAUUGCAAACUAUUACCGCCACUUGAAGAAUGAGGACACAGGACCUUACAUGAUCAGGGCCAGGCCAAAACGGUAUAGGUACACUCAAAGAUGGUUGGAACAUGCUAAAAGGAUGCCACCUGCUCCUAUCACUGAAUCAACCUUUUGGGCUGAAGUGGAGGAACUUUAUAGCUGGAUUAACAGCAAGAAGCCUCUUGAUGAUCAUGUCGAGCAAAGGGUUAAGCAGCUUCAAAAAGACCUUAAAAAUUGGACUGAUGAUGAGAAAGUACUAGCCAAGGAUACGUUCUUGAAGGAUCCUAACUUUAUUAGGUGGAAGGAUAUUCUACCUCAGGAACUCAAGGACACUUCUUCCUAGCUAGUCUAGUUACUGCUGUGAAAGGAUAUUCUGUAUUAGUCUUUUUUCCACUCAAUGAGGAAGCUAUAAGCUUCUGAUGUUUUUGAUGUGUAUUUGUCAUGCAGGUGUAGUGUUGGUUACUUCAGUGUUGUAACUUUGUAUUUGUAUUCCUAAUGUUUUUGAUUCCCAAGUUAUGUAUUACUUGUGAGAACCAAAAAUCAUUCAGACUGCUGGACUAAAUAAAUUUGUUUAAUAGUAGGGUCUGAACUAGAGCGGUACUCAGUA